AGCAAAAUAAUUUAGCUGAUUAUUUCCUAGCAACAGUCUGACAUUUUCUGAAAUAGGUAAUUUUUCAGAUGUUUGAAUUGUUUUAAUUAGUAAUAAUACCAUUCAAAGUGUGGUGUCUUAGAAGCAUGCUGCCUAGGUUCUCUACCAAUAGUUCCAUCUUCUUCAGGAUAUCACCGUGCACAUUGUGCCAGUUAUCACAACAUGUCAGACUUCUAGGUCUGCAUGGUCCUGUAGAUUGCACUGCACCCGGUCACCAUCAUCAUGCAGUAGGCAGCCCCAGGCUUCGAUUUUCAGACAUAGAGCUUCCUGAUGCCAUCAUGACGUUGCUGCAGCAGCAGUACGCACAGCCAACUGCCAUCCAGAGUAUGGGACUGAGCCUGGCCCUGAGUGGCAGAGAUGUGAUCGGUGUAAUGUAG